AUGCAAAGCCAUGUGAAUUAAUAGAAAUAUGAAUCUUAUCAAAUUCGAAAACCAAAUAUUACAGUAUUUAAGUAAUCAACUGAGAUGAAUAUUUAAUCAGAUGGUGAUAUUGGUGAAUCUGGUUCAGAACCAGAAUAAAUAAUUUAAGAAACGCAAAAUAACAAUCUCUUACCUUCUGAUUAGUACAUUUACCUUCACAAAUAGAAAAAGUCAGCAUAAUAAUUCAGUGUCCUCGAAGAAAAGGAUUUAAUUCUUUCAAAGCAGAUAUUUUUGUCCAUGAAUUUUUUUAACUUGAGUUAGAUUAGAUUGUCACAUUUAGAUAAGAAACUAAGGGCUGAGAUCACCAAUAUAGAAAUAAAUAACGAUAUCGUUUAUUAUCAAAUAGAGACCAAAUCAUCUUAAUUAUAGUACAUUGUAAAAGUGAAGAGAAGAUACAACGACUUCAAGUUUUUGUUAAGGGAACUAUCAAUUCGAUUUCCUCAACUCAUAUUGCCUCAAUUACCAAUAGGAAUAGGAGUGGGAAAACUUAGCAAUCGUGAUGUAGAGGAGAGAAGGAGAUUGUUGCAGAAUGUUAUCAAUAUUAUAACUAUGCAUGAAGAAUUGAUACUUUCAAGCUCUGUUAAAAAUUUUUUUGAAGAAGCAGAUCAACAGGAAUUUGAGAAUAAAAGAGUUUAAGGCUAAUUCAAUAUGAAGAAGGGUCUGGCACAAAAUCUAUAAAUAGUCAUAGACAAAAGCAUCAAAUCACUUGGAUUGUUAAGAAAUUGGUGGAAUGGGUCUCCAUCAAACAAGAAAUGCUAGGAUUUGGAAUAAAUAGAGUUAGAGUUGCUAAAAUUAUAUAAAUAUUAAACUAAAUGUCAGAAAUUGCUUUUUAGCAUAUAAGCAUUGUAAAGAAAAUAACAAAAAAUUAAGGAUAUAAUUGUGCAAUAAGAUAGUUAAAAAACUUAAUUGUUAAUUGAAACAAAACUUCACGAUUGCAUAUUUGAUUAUGCAAACCAUUUGGAUUUUUAAACUAAUACUCUAGAAGAUAAAUUUGAUUAAUUUUAUCAAUAAUAAAUUUGGCAAUUAAUGAAUGUAAUUGAAUUUAUAGAUUAUGUUGACAUAUAUUAUAAGCAUUUGGUUGAAUUUAUUGAUGAUCUUAAUGAGUAAUUAAAAUAGGUUUCACCAAAUUAAUAAACUCAUUAAACAAUUAAGGAUGAGAUCAAUAAAUACUUGAGUAAGGCUAAAGAGUAAUUUUGUAAUAAAAAGGAUGGCCUUAUUUCAAAAUAUAUGGAGAUCUAAUAACAAGGAUUAACCUAUUUUUACAUGAGUUAGUAAUAAGAGAUUUGGAAUUAUGCUUAAGAAAUUAACAACAAAUUUAAUUGA